GCGGCGGCGGGCGGGCGGGGACCCUCGCGGGCUGCGCACCCGCCCGGCACUGUCUGCCCGCUCGCCAUGGACGAGGACGACGUCUCCUCCCGCAAGGGCGCCCUCCCGAAGUUCCUGGAGCACCUCUCCGGGGCCGGCAAGGCCAUCGGCGUGCUGACCAGCGGCGGGGAUGCCCAAGGUAUGAACGCCGCUGUCCGCGCUGUGGUGCGCAUGGGGAUAUACGUGGGGGCCAAGGUGUACUUUAUCUACGAGGGCUACCAAGGCAUGGUCGAUGGCGGCAGUAACAUCGUCGAGGCCGACUGGGAAAGCGUCUCCAGCAUUCUGCAAGUGGUAUGUGCCGCCUCAGCGCUCCCUGGGUCUUUGAACUAAGUCGCUCCUGUCUUUAGUUGGGAACCUUCGACCCUUAGGCUCCGGUCAGUACUUAAAACGGAUUAACGUGCUGGCAGGCAUUCGCCUUGCCCGCUU